AUGGGUAUCAUCCACAGGGGACUUUACCACUUCUCGCAAUGGUACUGCUCCUGGUUCAACGUCCCCUUCGACCACCACAUCAUACAGCUCCCAUUCGGGCUGGUGAUGAAAUGGACAGAUCGGACCAGUGUGGAAGAAGUGGUGUCGAUGCAAAUGGUUGAAGCCGCGGGGAUACCCGUUCCCAAGGUCCUAAGUUGCGGUGGACACCCAAAUGAAUUGCCGGGCAUUUCUCUUGAGAACACCGAUGAUCCGCUGGACGUUGAUGCCGAGGAGCCUUGGCUGGAGGAACUGAAAACUUGUGUAUGCUCCAUGCGUUCAUGGUGCCCCCCAAUUCCCGAUCAUGUAAUGGGCCCCUUUACAAAUCACCAAGGACUAUACAAACAUCUCACCUACCCGGCUUCAAUGCAUGGGCGCACAGCAUUCUCGUUGAAUGACGAUGGACAUUUAUCUGGGCUCUUGGAUUGGGAAUCGGCAGGCUGGUACCCAGAAUAUUGGGAAUUCACAACGGCUAUGCGGUUUGGUCGCAGAAGCUGGUGGUUCCAAGUGGCUUCUUGGAUGGGAGGCGACCAGUAUCUUUCUGAGUUGGAAUCUGACGUUGCUCUAAACCUUCUGACUGUCGAUUCAUACAUCGCCUUUUGA